GCUCGUUCCAACUUGGAUGCGGACGCACAACAUCCUUUUGCCGGCUCUUUGUGCUCACUUUCUUCCGUUCCGGCAGCGUCCGCCGAAGAAGAGGAGGACAUGCCUCAGUGGCUGCAGUGGCAGCUCAGCCUCCGUUCAACUUCCGGAGUCCGUGAAUGGUAUAGAUUGCGGUCUGUGAGAAGGGUUCUCUCUCUCUGGCGCGCACUGGCAGCGGGGAGCAGCGCCAGACGGCUCGUGAGGAACGUGUGCAUCCAGUUUCGCUACCAGGACCCGUGUGCCAAACCGGAAGCGUGCAGCUACGCCAUGGCACUAGACAAACCCACGAGAUCCUUCACAGGAGGGACGCAGGCGGAACGGCUUGUCGGAUUUCUGGCAGCUUCCCUUUGGUCGCUCGUGUAUGUGAUUGCCCCGCUUUACGCGGGUGCAUGCGUCGUGUCCCUGCUCAGAUAUCCUUUUUGGAUGGGUUCGUGGGCUUUGCUGUCGCCGCUUCUCUUGUCUUUUCUGACUCCGGACUAUGUGAUAGAACGCUUAGGGCACAUUGUGCUCACAUCAUGGCCGAUGCAGCAGGUGCCGAAGUAUUUCGACUACGAGGAGUACCACGAAACUUUGGACAGUGAGGUCCGCGCAGGGUCUCGAAGCUUCAUCGUCGGAGCACAUCCUCACGGCAUCUUUCCCUUCACUGCUGUCUGCGCUGCCGUUGCGACACAGAAUGCGGUGGAUGGCUUCGGUGCGGCACUGGCAAAGGAAGCUCCGACGGCUGCCGCAUCCAUAGUCAAGUAUUUUCCGAUCCUGAAAGAUGUCGUUGGAAUGUUUGGGUUGAUCGACGCAAGCAGCGCCACCUUGUUCAAAAGGCUGACGAAAGCCAGAGGAGUGGUCAUUCUUUACGUGGGUGGAAUUGUCGAGCUUUUUUCCUCCAGCCCCAAGAAGGAGGCCGUCUACUUGAAGCAGCGAGCCGGGUUCAUCAAACUCGCCCUGCGCACUGGUGCAGAUGUGAUUCCAGUCUACAUGUUCGGGAACACCACCGUUUUGUCGGCGUUGACCUGGGGCCCACUUGCAUCGCUGAGCCGCGCGUUGGGGAUCUCCGUAACCGUGUUUUGGGGAAGAUUCGGCUUGCCUGUGCCGAAGGCCGUGCCCUUGACGUAUGUUCGUGGGAGGCCGCUGGGGAUGCCACACAUCUCGAAUCCGACUGCUGAAGACAUUCAGAAGUGGCACGAGAUCUAUUGUGAGAAGCUCAAGGCACUGGCGAGGAGAAGCUUUGGAGCUCUUCGAGAGCACAGGCGGUGGAGUUCAGCGAGAACCCACCGCAUUUCGCAGGCAAUUGAUCUCUGGGUGGAUGCGCGCCAUCAAAGUCGUGUUCGACGAGCCCUUGGUGUUUGGAGGCUGCGUGGAGCAAAGGGGGCGCUUCGUCGUCGCGGUGCGACUGCACUGAGCGCCUUCCUCACGGCCACGCGUUUGAGGCGAUGGCUUAAUGGCUGGAGCAGCCUCGCGCGUCGGGAGCAAAGCUUCUUCGUGCCUUCGCUUUCGGCCCGAUUACGAAGUCAAGUGCCGGUUGCUGCAGUGGCAUCCGGAAGUGUUUACGCUCCUGCCCUGAAUGGUUGUGUUAUGGGCCAAGAGAAGCCCUUGGAGCUGUCGGAUCCCGUCUAUCGCUGGCAGCCAGAAGCCAGUGAGCUCCUCACUUUCGACGAGGCACACCGACGGAUCGUGCAUAUCAAGCCGGGUGGCUUUAUCACAGCAGAUGUGAUCGACAGGGACCGAUCGGCAUCUCCUCCAGAUGGGCUGAACGUAGCUUUGGAGCAUGAUGUGCGAUCCGUGCGGUUCUCUCCUGACGGGCUCUUCUUCGCCUUUCUGAGCGAGAAGCGCAUCGGAUGCCUGCGAACAAUGCAGCCCAGUCUGCAGCCGAUCUGGCCAUCAAGCAAGUGGAGCAACAAGUCGGACUUCGAGAUCCUAGCAUUCUUCUGGUUGCCCGGAGAGCAAGAUGCCAGUGACCUGGCUGUCGUCACGAGUCAGGGCAUUGAAGUCUUCCGCCUCAGCUUCGAGCAACGAGCAGCGAAGUCCCAGCGUACAUUUCCUACCCCAGUGAGAGUUUGCUGGCUGGAGCCUUCCGCAGCGACGACCCUGGUUUGUACAGGUGCUCGAACUCUGCAGCCGUUUGAUUUCAGGCGGCGGAAUGCGAAACUUCCUCGAUUUGACUUGGUUCUGGGUCGUGGCCAAUCUAUCGAGCCUGGAGAUGUCGCUCUCAUGACUAUUUAUGAUUGUACCUACUGCAUCCAUGCAGAUGGAUCAAACGGGAAAGUCUCCCUGCGCAACGUUACGAAUCUGGAAAAGGGAACUCCCGAGCACGACAUUGUGAUAGACAUCUCCGACCAAGACACGCCGCUUGGUCCGCUCCGCUUGUCUGUUGUUGACAACCUUCUGAUCGUGCACUGUCUGGAGAGGAUGGUCGCAUCGGUCUACGACAUUCGCCACAAGGAUGGCGACUCUGUUCCCAGAUUGGUCUGCCAGCAAGGGGUGGAGCAGACGAAACAGCCUUCGCGGUCUGCAUGGCUAGACUGGGAUUACCUGUCUGGUGGCGUCGUGCUGGAUUCGGGAGCAGGAACAGUCCAUCAACUGCACCUGAAUAUGGGGGCAAUUUUAGCUCAGUUUCUUGCGCAGGCUCCGGUUGAUGUAAGUCUCGUCCUGAAGCUCCUGCUGCGGCGCACCGGCUGCAGAGAACAUGUAGUGCAGACACUUCGGAAAGCUCUGGCUGCAAGAACUCGCUCUGCAGAGCUCCUGCAGGGCUUCCAGGUGCUCAACUCUGCGUAUCGGCAAGUGAUCGAAUCUAUGUCUCAGCGCUGUUCCGGUGCCGGAGUACGCGCAAGCAUCUCUCUCCAAGAGCUGGAGGCUCAAAUCACGUACCAAUCUAUGCUAUCUGAAAAGGACAUGGUCACACAGGUGUUCUACCCACACUUCAUUGGGAGCGAAGGUCUGGAAGGGGAGGGGUUUGCGCCUUCGGCGGAGCCCUUCAACCUGGCCGACUGGCAUAUUCCGUUUGAAGCCAGAGAGAACAAAGACCUUCCGAAGGAGAGCCCCUACAUCCUCUCCGUUGUGAUCUCCUACCUUCGCAGCCUGCUAGGCCUCCAGAUCCUGCCCCACAAAAUUCUACAAUGCUUCGUCUUCGACCUGUGCGUGUACUUCAGGCAGGAGCACAUGCUGCAGCAGCUCUUGCACUACCAUGUGCUGCUGGAUUCUCCGGAGCUAGUGUUCCGGCUCAAAGACCUGGCGCGGCACAGCACAAAGGAAAGGUCAUGGGCAACUCAAGCCAGCCUGGACAUGGCCUUGCGCGUACGCGAGUUCUCCGUGGUGGCAGACAUGCUGCUUUUCUCCAGCCAGUACCUGGACAUCGUGCCGUUCCUCAUAAACCAAAAGGACGUCUCCUUCAAAGUGCGCACUUUGCUGGAGCGUCUAGAAAACGACGCUGACGCAACUCGCAGUGACCCUGAACUUAUGCAGCACGUGUUGGCAGAAAUCCGCUUGUGGAAGCAAGAAGCCACGCUGCCGACCUCAAGCCCAAACACAGAGGCAAACGGCACAGGAAGAGCGGUGCUCCCUGCGCCGGAUCUUUCCGGCUGUGAGAAGUGGCUGCCUGAACUACUAGACGAGGCGCGAUCAGGCCCUGAGGCGGCUAUUUUCGAUGCGAGAGCACAGUCUUUGUCGAUCCUCGUCACAAGAAAGUGCACGGCUCUGGGGUGCAAAGCUUGUAAAGUUUGGCGAGCUGCUGCUCGGCGCAGCAUUUCCGCACGAUCGGCUGCAGCCUUCCUGGAAGCCUUUCGAACGCGGAGUAUCAUCAGAAGAUGGGCUGGCCAGAGGAAGGCAGAGAUCUAUCGAUCCAGGAGGCUCUUCUGGGCUGCAUGGCGAGGUUUUACCAUGGAAUCGAAAAGGACGAAAGCUGAGACUGCCGUACGAAGACGGGGCUAUAGUCACACGCUCAGAUCCGCUUGGCAGCGGUGGGGCAUUGCCACCGUGUUAAAAGCUCGUGAAGCGAUUUGUCGGCAAAGGGCAAAGACACGACGUCUUGGCGUCACCCUUCGAAGCUGGCAAAGUUUGAAAGCGGCCAAAGCUUUUGCCGCCCACAGCACCCUGCUCGGCAGUUUCCGGAAAUGGAACCGCAUAGUAGGUCAUCUUUUCAAUGAGCGUCGUGCGCGAGAGUUGAUGGUCGGUGUUGGAUCCUGGAGGCGCGAUGGCCGCGAGGGCCCCACGCGUGGCCGCCUCUUCGCCCUCUGGACCCAGGUGGUCCAGAGCAAAAGGAUGCAGCGGCGCCGUGUCAGAGAGGCCAAAGAAGCCCUUCAGAAGCUGGCAAUCGUCCAGGCGCUUUGGUUUUGGCAUUCGCGUGCCCGAGAGUCGUCCAUGCGAGAGGACCACCUGAACCGGGCCUCCAUUGCCCUGCAGGCAAUGGUAUCUGCUUCCAGAUGGGCCCGAGCACACGAUUUGCUGAUUCGCUGGUUCGUUCGAUCUAAAGCCACAAGGAUCAUGUGCAGCGAAGCCGACUUGAGCGGUGAAGCUCCCUCAGCCAUCAGUUUGGAAGGCUCGGGCAUGUCAGAGGCAACAGCUCCACGCACACCCAGGCAGGAGAGAUCCGGAGAAGGACGGAUCUUUGCUUCUAGGGCAUCCUCCGAGGAGAUCUUGACCAGCUCAGUUUGCGCGACGCCGAAGUGUUUGGCGCUCGCGACUGCGAAGCGUGAAACUCCAGAUGCUUACACCGCGAGAAGAAAGCUUCUGCUGGCACGAGACUUGCCGUCGAGGGACAUCUAG